UUUCAUGAGAAAGAGGAAGUAAAACGUUAAGUUUGGAAGUGUUUUGUUCUCAUCAUUGAAAGAAAAUAUGUGAUAAUGAUGUCAAAAAAGUAGACUUAACGCAGAAAAUUCGUGCUGUUGUGCGUAUAAAUAAUUGCAGAUUGUAAUGCUUAUAGAUUAACUUGUCUGCUUAGGCAACGUUUAAGUGAUCAAGUGUAUAGAGGAAUGCAAGUGGUUUUCAGUAAUAGCCUAGCGCUUCAUUGUUCCUUCAAUGAUACUGGAUCUGUAACGUUAGGCGAGAAAUUGUCAUUUAUAGGCAACAUUUUAUUUUUUCCAUUAACAUUAUCGUUAAUAUGUAUUCAGUUCGUAAUAUUUAGGUUUCAAGUGAAGGACUUGUGGUAGCUAACGGCAGUGUAGCUCGUUGUUCUUCUCGCCCUUUUUUACGGUACAAAUAGCUAGCGAUGACGGUUGCGGUGUUUUUCGGGUGUGCAUUUAUUGCAUUUGGGCCAGCAUUCUCUUUUAUAUUCACAAUUGCUAAGGACCCCCUUCGAGUAAUCAUCCUUAUUGCUGGGGCAUUCUUUUGGCUUCUUUCCCUUCUCCUAUCCUCUUUGGUAUGGUUCAUUGCUGUAAAGGCCAGCAAUUCAGAUGAUCCAAGUCUACAAAGAGGCCUGCUGAUAUUUGGGGGCAUAUUCUCUGUAUUGCUGCAGGAGGUAUUCCGCUACGCCUAUUACAGGAUACUGAGGAAAGCGAAUGAAGGCCUGGCUGCAAUCAGUGAAGAUGAAAGCUCCACAAUAUCAGUCCGGCAGAUGGCUUACGUUGCUGGGCUGGGCUUUGGAAUAAUGAGCGGUGCUUUCUCCAUGAUCAACAUCCUCUCCGAUUCACUGGGGCCGGGGACCGUGGGCAUCUUCGGAGACUCCCAAUACUACUUUAUCACCUCAGCUCUCAUGACCCUGGCCAUUACCCUACUCCACACGUUCUGGGGCGUGGUGUUCUUUGAGGGAUGUGAGAAAAGCCGGUGGUGGGUGAUCGGUGUUGUGGUUGCGCUACACCUGCUAGUGUCUUGUCUGUCUCUGUUGAACCCGCUGUACUCUGGCAGCCUGCCGCCUGUCUACGCCAUCAUGGUCCUGAUGGCCGUCUGGGCCUUCUUCUCAGCCGGCGGCUCGCUAGCAAGUGUGACCCAGCUCUGCUCACGGAAGUGGACGUUGUCGAUGGUGUGCUCUGAGCCGGGCUCCUCCACCGAGCCCCAGUGGAAGUGGAGCUGGGCCGCAUGGUAGACCCGGUCGAAGCCGCUGACGAUCUGCAUGCUGCGGGGCAGGCUCAGCUGCA